AUGCAGUUCUACCUGCCCCUGCAGGAGAGCAAGCAGAAGCCCGCUGCUCGCGCGCUGACUUCAGAAGGGACGGAUGAUGCACGAGACGAAGAGUGGAUGAAGAGGGCGAUGGAGCUGGCGGAGAGAGCGAAGGAGGGAGGUGAGAUUCCUGUAGGAGCUGUGGUUGUCUUAGGAGACGACCUUGUGGGAGAAGGAUGCAACAUGAUACGAGCAAGCGUUGAUCCGAGUGGGCAUGCGGAGAUGAUUGCGAUCCGUCAAGCUGCUCAGCGGCUGGGAAAUUACAGGCUCACGCAGUGCACUCUUUAUGUCACCUUGGAGCCGUGCUGCAUGUGUGCAGGAGCAAUCAUCCUUGCAAGGAUGAAGCGAGUUGUGUUCGGUGCAAGAGACGUCAAGACAGGAUGUGCUGGCUCUGCUCUCGACCUGAUCGGGCUUCCGAAGUUCAACCAUGUCGCACGAGUGAAGGCCGGAGUGAUGGAGGAUGCAUGUUCGAAACAGUGA